UAUGGCUUUGUCUGUUCAUUUCUACUAUUGAGAACCCUCUUUCUGGAUUCAAAUUUUGUUUUUCAUCUUUUGGACGAUGCUUUCUUAAUAAGCACAUAUUUUAUUCCUUCAUGACAGAGUUUAAGCAGCAAAGAGAACAUACAAUGAUGAAGGAAUUUUGGAGCAUGUUUUGUGCAGAAGCUGAUUGUCCUGGGACUGGAGGAAAACAACCAUUUUGUUUUGAUUUGAAGACUUUGAAAGAUCCUUCUUCAUGCUUCAACCAGUUCUUGAUCUUUUGCUUUGAUGUGUCGGUGCUGGUCAUGCUGGCAUUCAUUCUGAUCCGGAAGAAUUUGUUCGGACCAUUUCAGGGUAUGUUGCAGAUGGAAAGAUAUUCAAACUUGCAGCUAAUUUCUUCCAUAACCAAUGCAUCUCUGGGGUUGUUGUAUUUGUGCUUAGGCAUUUGGGUUUUAGAGGAAAACUUAAGGAAGAGUCACACUCUUUUUCCACUUAAUGGGUGGUUGCUAGAACUCUUUGAAGGAUUCAGAUGGUUGUUAGUAGGAUUAAGUGUAAGUCUUAAGCUGAAACAACUUCCAAGGUCAUGGUUGUGGUUGUUUUCACUUAUUACACUAUUUCUUUCGAGUAUUUUCUGUGUUUUGUCCGUGUCUUAUGCAAUUUGUAGCAGAGAACUGACCUUCAAGGAAGCUUUAUAUGUUCUAUCUUUUCCAGGAGCAGUUUUACUACUCUUGUGCACUUACAAAGCAUCAAAAUGUGAAGACACUGCUACAAGUAUUGAUGAAGACUUUUACGAAUCUUUAAGCAGCCACUUUGAUGAAGUUGAUCCUUAUAACUACGUAACCCCAUAUGCUAAAGCUGGAUUCUUUAGUAGGAUGUCGUUUUGGUGGUUGAAUUCAUUGAUGAAAAUUGGUCAAGAGAAAACACUUCAGGAUGAGGAUAUCCCAAAGUUGCCAGAAUUGGAUCGAGCAGAAUAUUGUUAUUUGUCUUUUAUAGAACAGUUGAACAGGCAAAAGGGGAAAGAAUCAUUGCCACAAUCAGCAAUUUUGUGGGCAAUAGUUUUUUGCCACUGGAAAGAUAUUUUGAUGUCAGGAUUGUUUGCAUUGCUCAAGGUACUCAGUGUAUGUACUGGUCCUGUACUUUUGAAUGCUUUUAUAUCGAUUGCUGAGGGUAAUGGCAGUUUCAAAUAUGAGGGCUAUGUAUUGGUCAUGUCACUUUUCAUUGCAAAAAUCGCAGAGUCCUUAUCACAAAGGCAAUGGUAUUUUCGCACUAGGCUUGUUGGGAUGAAGAUUAGGUCACUACUUACAGCUUCCAUUUAUAGAAAAGUAUUGAGGUUGUCUAGUGCAGCUAGAUUGACACACUCUAAUGGUGAGAUAAUGAAUUAUGUGACUGUGGAUACAUACAGAAUUGGAGAAUUCCCAUUUUGGUUUCACCAGACAUGGACAACAAGCCUCCAACUAUGUAUUGCACUUGUAAUACUUUUUCGUGCUAUUGGCCUAGCAACAAUUGCCUCAUUGGUGGUGAUAGUUCUCACUGUGCUCUGUAAUACUCCACUGGCAAAGAUGCAGCAUAAGUUUCAGAGUAAACUCGUGGUGGCACAAGAUGAGAGAUUGAAGGUCAGUUCUGAGGCUCUUGUGAAUAUGAAAGUGCUGAAGCUAUAUGCGUGGGAAACCCAUUUUAAAAAUGCUAUUGAAACAUUAAGAAACGUUGAACUGAAAAUUUUAAGUGCUGUACAGCUGAGAAAGGCAUACAACAUAAUUUUAUUUUGGAUCGCACCUGUUUUGGUGUCUGCUGUUUCUUUUGGGGCAUGUUACUUUUUGAACGUUCCUUUACAUGCUAACAAUGUUUUCACUUUUGUGGCAACUUUACGCCUAGUGCAAGAACCAAUUACUGCCAUCCCAGAUGUUGUUGGGGUGGUCAUUCAAGCAAAAGUUGCAUUUUCCAGGAUUGUUAAUUUCCUUGAAGCACCUGAAUUACAGAGUGCAAAAUUCAGGAAUAGGUGUUUUGAUGAGUGUAACAAAGGCCGAAUUUCAAUCAAAUCUGCUGACUUUUCAUGGGAAGGUAAUGUAUCAAAGUCAACACUGAGGAACAUAAACUUGGAGAUCAGACAAGGGCAAAAGUUUGCUAUUUGUGGAGAAGUUGGCUCAGGCAAAUCAACCCUCUUGGCUACAAUUCUUGGAGAGGUUCCAAGGAUUAAAGGAACUAUUGAAGUUUAUGGAAAGUUUGCAUAUGUUUCUCAAACAGCAUGGAUACANACNGGNACNNUACGGGAAAAUAUUUUGUUUGGAUCAGAUUUGGAUGCUCAUAGAUAUCAAGAAACACUUCAUAGAUCAUCACUACUAAAGGAUUUGGAGCUGUUUCCACAUGGAGAUCUCACUCAAAUAGGCGAGAGAGGAGUUAACUUCAGUGGAGGUCAGAAGCAGCGAAUUCAACUUGCACGUGCUCUUUAUCAGAAUGCUGAUGUAUAUCUUUUGGAUGAUCCAUUCAGUGCUGUUGAUGCACAUACUGCCACAAAUUUGUUUAAUGAAUACAUCAUGGAUGGUCUUAAAGAGAAAACUGUUUUACUCGUAACUCAUCAAGUUGACUUUCUACCAGCGUUUGAUUCUGUUUUGAUGAUGUCAAAUGGGGAAAUCCUAGAAUCUGCUCCUUAUCAUCAUUUGUUGUCCACAAGCCAAGAAUUCCAAGAUCUUGUUAAUGCUCACAAGAAAACUGCUGGUUCUAACAAUCCUAUGAAUGUUUCUUCUUCCAAGAGGCCUUCAAUAUCUGCUAAAGAGAUUACACAAGCUUUCAAGGAGAACCAAUCAAAAGACACAUAUGGAAAUCAGUUAAUAAAGGAAGAAGAGAGAGAGAUAGGAGACACGGGGUUGAAGCCUUACUUGCAGUAUUUGAAUCAGACGAAAGGCUAUGUAUACUUCUUUGUGACUUCUCUUUGUCACCUCUUGUUUGUCAUUUGCCAGAUAUUGCAAAACUCAUGGAUGGCUGCUAAUGUUGACAAUAACAAAGUUAGCACAUUGCAGCUGAUUGUUGUUUACUUCAUGAUUGGGGUUCUUUCUACUGUUUUUUUGCUGAUCAGAACUGUACUUCUAGUUUCCUUGGGCAUUCAAUCAUCAAAAUAUAUAUUUUUACAGUUAAUGAACUCCCUUUUCCGUGCACCGAUGUCCUUUUAUGACUCUACACCAUUGGGAAGAAUACUUAGUAGGGUCUCAUCAGAUCUAAGCAUUAUGGAUAUUGAUAUCCCUUUUAUUAUUGCUUAUACUGUGGGAGGUACUACAAACUUCUAUACCAACCUCAUAGUUUUAGCAAUUAUCACUUGGCAAAUCUUGUUUAUCGCUGUACCGAUGGUUUACAUUGCAAUACGCUUGCAGAAAUACUAUUUUUCCACUGCAAAAGAAUUGAUGCGCGUGAAUGGCACAACAAAAUCAUUUGUAGCUAAUCAUAUAGCUGAAACAACUGCUGGAGCUGUGACAAUAAGAGCUUUUAAGGAAGAAGAUGGCUUUUUCAAGAAGAAUCUUGAUCUAAUUGAUAUCAAUGCUAGUCCCUUCUUUCAUAGUUUUGCCUCAAAUGAGUGGCUGAUUCAGAGAUUGGAAAUAGUCAGUGCAGUGCUUCUUUCCUCCACAGCUCUAUGCAUGGUUACACUUCCACCAGGGACUUUCAGCUCUGGAUUCAUUGGCAUGGCUCUAUCUUAUGGACUUACACUAAAUGCUCAACUAGUAUUUUCAAUUCAGAGUCAAUGCAAUCUAGCAAAUUACAUAAUUUCUGUGGAGAGGCUAAAUCAGUAUAUGCAUAUAGCAAGUGAGGCCCCAGAAGUAAUAGAAGGAAAUCGUCCUCCUUCAAAUUGGCCAGUUGCUGGUAAAGUAGAACUAAAAGACUUGCAGGUACGAUACAGGCCUGAUGGACCACUUAUACUUCAUGGAAUCACAUGCACAUUCAAAGCAGGACACAAGAUUGGAAUAGUUGGAAGAACAGGCAGUGGAAAGUCCACUCUCAUCAGUGCAUUAUUUCGUCUGGUGGAGCCAGCAGGUGGAAAAAUUGUAGUUGAUGGCAUAGACAUAUCUUCAAUUGGCCUUCAUGAUUUGAGGUCACGUUUUGGAGUUAUACCUCAGGAUCCUACCCUUUUUAAUGGAACUGUUAGAUAUAAUUUGGACCCUUUAUCUCAAUACUCUGAUAAAGAAAUAUGGGAGGUUCUUGGGAAGUGUCAGCUGCGAGAAGUUGUACAAGAGAAAGAAGAGGGACUAAACUCCUCAGUUGUGGAAGAUGGAUCAAACUGGAGCAUGGGACAAAGGCAAUUAUUUUGUCUGGGGCGUGCACUGUUAAGGAGAAGUAGGAUAUUGGUGUUGGAUGAAGCUACUGCAUCAAUUGACAAUGCAACUGAUUUGGUUCUGCAGAAAACCAUUAGGACUGAGUUUGCAGAUUGCACAGUGAUCACAGUAGCACACAGAAUACCAACCGUGAUGGAUUGCACUAUGGUUCUUUCAAUUAGCGAUGGAAAAUUGGUGGAGUAUGAUGAACCAGUGAACUUGAUGAACAAAGAAGGAUCGCUAUUCAAGCAGCUUGUUAAGGAGUACUGGUCUCAUUUUCAUUCAGCAGAAUCAUACUGACACUGCAAAAUGUAUUUUCUUUUGUCAACGUUGUUAUAGAUUUUCCUUUGAUGUUAGCAAUGAGUCAAUAAAGUGUGAUAAAAUGCUACGUGAGUUGGUCAAUUUGCUAUGACUGAGAGGUUGGUAAGGACUUGCGGAAUGAAAAGAAA